AUGAGUGCAAUAGAAGAUCCAUCACAACAAUUCACGAGUAAGAAAGAUUUAUUGGUCAAAUGGACCAACCAACAUCAAAAACUUUGCAAGCAAUUAUUAUCAAGCCAGACCAUCCAAGAAAAUGUGCUUCUUCAAAUUAUCGAAUUGUUUGAAGAAGAUCCCAGAUUCGAUUACGGAGGUCUUACCAUUGACCACAACAUUGGUGUGAUCGGAUUGGAAGAAACACAGAAUAUUACAAAGAAACGACUUCAAGCAACACAACUUUUUCUCGAUGUUUGGAGAUAUUUAAUUACUCGAGUCGACAUGAUCAGCAUUUCUCUUCGUAUUUACUGCUAUCAAUUGAUACUUCUCAUUAUUAAACGAAGAGAGUUUCAUCCGAAAUACUUUCAAAACAUAAUUCUAAAUCAGAUAACCAAUUCAGCUACUACCACUAACACACAAUCCUUCAAUUCAUCCAACACAAGUGAGCUUUCCACAUCACCUCCAGCAGCAACAUCAACAGCAAAAGAUUUAUCUUUUCUCAAACUAAGCCCUACCUUUAACCCUAACAGUCAGCCACAAAAAAAAGGUCUAAUAAGCAGUAUUCUCGGUUCCAUGAAGAAAGGAGACAGUAAUGAUGAGUUAUCAAAAAAAGUACUGUACGAAUAUAAGGAAUUGUUGAUACGAACUCAGGAUUUUGUUGUCAACCAAGUUCUAAGAACCAAAAAGCAUGAAAAUAUUGUUGUGGAGCUGUUUAGGUUUUGUGCUUCAAUACUUGCUGUAAAUUGUUUUAGGUUACUGUCGGCAGAACAAACCGAGGAGUUUGUUUCUAAUUUGUGCUUCAAACAAUUUGGGCACGACUUUGUUGAACCAGAGACAGUGGAGAACGUUAAUAGAAAUUUGGACAUUAAGAACGCUAAUUUUAUCAAGAAGCUCAAAUAUGUUCCAUCAAUGGCAGGGUUAUCGACCUUAUUGGAUGACAACGAUGAAGACGAAACCCCUGACGAGACUACAACUAGUGUUGAUGACGAAGAGAAGUCCUAUGUACACAAAACUGUAUUUUGCUAUUUUAAGUUUCUGUUUGAAAUUGAUCCAUUGAACGACACCUCAAAAACGAAGACCAUGUUGUCAAAGAUUCAUGGUUGGAUGAAGGACUCUAGCUCGUGGCUUCCAACAUCAAAAGUGUGUGGUGAUUUUUUCCAUUACUUUUUCUCUGAUUUUGUAGAUCAAAUUAGCAAGAUUAUGAAACAUGACACCUCUAACAAGCAUUGGCAAAUGGUACCAGGAUAUAAUACGCUGGUAACGAAUUUCACACAACUCGGCGAAAUUUAUCUUACCCAGCACAUUAAUCUCAAUUUUAACGACGCCAUAAUAUCUUCCAGUGAUACAUCAAACAAGCAAGAACAAAAGAUUCAAAGGUUGGAAGAAUCAGCUAGAGGUGAGGAUGGUCAUGAAUCUGUUGCCUUCAAACAAUGGCUGUCUUGCUCAUUGAUAGCCCUUAGAAAUCCUCGAGUCAUUAAUAUUCUGUUGGAAAUUUUCUUUUCCAACACGAAUGGAUAUAGUCCUGAUCAAGUAUUUUACACUCUAGAUUGGGCUGACAAGUGGUUCGAAGAAGUUCGACAGCUAGAGCACAAUUUCCAACAAUACUUGAUUUAUAGAAAUCAAAAACAUCAACAUACAUAUUUUUAUUUGGAAUCUAGCGAUUCCAAUAUUGAGUUGUUUAUUGGUUCUCUACCAGAAAACUUCAACUUUGAAUUUUUCGAGACAGCUAUUGAAAGAUUGCUUGAAACAGAUCACUUCCAAAUCAUGUCUAGAACAUUAAUUUUCGUUUAUGACAUUUUGGAUUUAUUCAACGGAAAAGCUCGUAUGAAAUUUAUUGGUCACGAUUUAUUAAGAGACCGUUUCUAUCAUUUAUUCCUUCAUUGGAGCGCGGAUAUUCGAAAUAUUUUUCAAAGAAUUAUUUUGUUUAAAUUACAAAGAUAUUCUUCAACAGUCUUUAGAGAGUAUGGACCGCUCACAGCAACUUCUUCUCAAAUCUCAAACAAACGAAAGGCAAGCACUCCAAUGCUUCAGAGAGACAGAUCCAAUAGCAACUCACUCACGCCACCAGCAUUUGAGAAGAAGAAAGUUUUAAUUGAGGUUGAAGAUUUAUCGGUACGACGCAGCUUGGAGGAUUUUGAACCAAGAAGAACAUCUAUAUCAGGAACAAGACCAAGCAUUGAGUCCAUUGUCUCCUACUCUUCUUCUUCCAAAAAGAAACUUGUAGGUGGUAUCUCGAACCUUAAAAAGAAAAAUAAGGAAGCUGUCAAGACCGAAGAAUCAGUUGCAACAAGCGAAUUUCAAAGAGUAGAAGAAUCUAUUGAUUUAGUUUUGAAAAGCAAAGUGGACACCUAUCUGCAGGUCCUUAGAACGGUUGAAAAUGAUCCCUCUGCGCUCAGUGACAUGAUCAAAGAUAAUCCAUCGCUUGAAAUUCCUCCUUCCCUCGUUGUUUAUGUGAACACUGCCAUGGAGGAAUUUGAAGCUCUUGAGAAGGAAUGUGAUUCAUGGAAACGAGAAGUGGCAUCAUUAUUGCUGGCGAACAAGAAGGCAUCCAAAGUUAAGCUAAGCCAGAUUCCAUAUCCCAGAAUUAACUUCCCUCGGUUCACAUUGCAAUCCGAUAAGCUAUUGUUUUAA